CUCUUUCCCUCUCCUCUCAUACUAUACAAACUAACGACCUUAUUUUUGUCUGACUGUAUUGCUUGCAAUUUUUAUCCAACAUUUUAUUCUAUACGUGAAUAUUUGUUAUAUAGCAGAUAUUUUUUAGUUAUACACACACUCACUUUUUUCAUCUUCCCCUCCUCUCCUCUUAUCCUUUCAUCCCACUCCAACAUAUACCCCCCUUUUCAAUAUUUGUGUGGUUUAUUUUCUUCCCCGCCCUACUCUGUGUCUCCAACAUCAUAUAUUUCUCCCCACACACAUUAUAUUAUCUAAACACAUCAUGAGCUCUUCGAGUUAUUUCCAUAGAAGUCAGGAGCAUCCUCGCCGCGUUGACCCAUUUGUGCACUACGUGCCUCGCGAGCAAAAGAAAAAACCUGCGUCAGCAAAGCCAAAAAUAAAAGCAAAAGUUACAGCAGCAACAGCCGCCGCUUCAUCAUUAACAGUAGCAGCAGCAAUACCAAAAACAACAGCAACACUAUCUCGCGCGACUGCGCUAAAGAAACGCUUGAAUAUGGAUGAAUCUAACAUUGUUGCCAUUCCCCGCCACCCGCCGUUGCCGCACAACGUCUCGGGCAUGUUCCAGGGCGCCGAGCCGCCAUACACCUCUGCGCAAGCUAGCAAGAGCUCGACAAUAUCUCGCGACUCUUCGACAUCGGCGGCCCUUGAGACAUCAGCAAUUCCAACCCCGGCAAACGCACUACGAGGGGCACAGUUGUUUGCUUCAAACACCGAAUCACACUCCCGAAGCACUUACCGGCCUCGGGCCAGCACUGGUUUUUCGUUUAACCAGCCGACAGAUUACUCUGCUGCGCAACAUGUUCUCACCAAUAUGCCAUUGAUCUCCGCUCUGAGCCACACUCGUCGCCAGUCCAUUGACUCGUGCAUCUCAGACACCCGCAUCAGCAGCGGUGCUGAGCGCAAGUACACGUGUGACUGGCACGACUGCGGGCAAGCCUUUGACCGCGUCGAGCACCUCAACCGCCACAAGCGUCGCCAUACCGGUGAAAAGCCCUACCGCUGCCUCGUCUCAAAGUGCACCAAGCUCACGUCGGAAUCCACUGCAUCGAAGGGGCAAAGACCGAGCAGGUGCAACGGGCGCGGUCGUACGUCAUUGGGCCAUGGCCUUGCCGAGUGCUGCAUUCUUCCUACCAAGAACCCCGACUUUUCCAACCUUACGCUGCGCCCGCUCAUCAACGACAUGCUGCCGGACACCAACUCUGAGGAAACGCCCUUGUGGGAAACUGUUGGGCUCUCAAGCGCUGAUCCGUCAUUGUCGCAAGCCGCCAAGCGCUUCCGCCGCGACAGCGUUACACAUGCCGAAAGCAGUGUCAACAACUACCACAACACAUCGCCUUUGUCGGGCUCUUCCGAAGCGCUUUCUUCGCCCGAGGGAAAGCGCACCCGCCUUUCAGCCGCUAGCCCACUGUACACUGAUGAUGGUAUGGCUCGCACCACCAAUAUCAACGGCUACUAUUAUCCGCAGCAACAUCAGCAUCGUCACAAGCCCACUCACACUGUGUUCACAUCUUCGAUUCAGAGGCCCAGCUUAUCCAAUAGCACCACCAUUAUCACUCGGAAAACACUUACUUGUCAUCCUUGGUGUCUUUUGGACCUUUAA